GCGGGAAAGUAUUUUACGAUUAUACAUAUACUUUAUACUAUCGGCCAUAGAUGACUGAAAACUUUAUUAUAGAGCUAAAAUUCACGUACCAAAAGGGAAUUAAACGCUCUUACUUUAUGAGAGUGAGUCUAAGUGAUGUCGCAGAGGCCAUCUUCAAUCUCUUCAAGUCACUCAAGGUUGAAUUCGGGGCUGAAUUCACCCGCGAAAAAAUUCUUCGCAGCUCAGAUACCCAGUUGUGUACAGACCAACAAAGAUUCAUCCUCCAAUAACACAGACGAGUGGACGUACAAGAGUAAUCGUAGGUCUUCAAUAAGCUUUAGUCAGAUUUGGGUUCAAGGUAUCGUGGUUCUGGUAUCUACUGAUGGGAACGAUAUGCUUAUCGAUGAUGGGACUGGGAUUGUUUACGUUACUGGACUGAUCAAACUAGUCAAGAAUAUUCUCAUCAGCAAAGGUAUGUAUGUUAUGGUAGCUGGUCAACUCAAGUCUACCGGAUCGUCAUCGACACCACAGAGUGACCAACCAUACCCCACUAUUCGUAUUCUCAAGUUUUCUGACUUGAGUAAAAACCUCUCGACUGAGGCAUUAUGGAUGCUUGAGGUAGUUGAUGCUCAAAUGAAUGACCGAAAGACCAAUGCUUAGGACUUUUUCCUUGCAGGGUAGGGAAAGUUGUUGAGCUUACUUCAUUUUUGCCUGACAUUGGACAAUGUAGUACAAAAAGAUUUUUAGGAGAUUUUUUCACCGGCUUUUAGAAUGCUUGGAAAUUCCAUCAUUUGUAUGAAACCCUCGAACCGAGCCAAUUUCAAUUUCAUUAAGCGUAAGACUGGCAAAGUUGCCGAUGCACAAAAGAGAAGCAUAAAAGAAAAACUGAAAGAAAAAUGAAGAAAGAAAAAAGAGAGAGAGAAGAGACGAAUGAACAGAGAAAAAAACGUGUUUACAUAUUUGUUAAAUGGGGUUAUUUCGGUUAAUAAGGUUAUUUUGUUUAACGAUUUAUCAGCAUUUCCACAUAUCAUAUCAGUUCAGUUAUUAAUU